AUGUCGCAGUCCGACGCCGACAGUCUUGCUGCCGAGAAACUUGAAGCUGACAAGAAGGCCGCCGAGGACGCUGCUACAACCACCGCCGCGGCGGCCUCUGCAUGGCCUACUGGAGGAAUGGCAACAAACAGUGUGUUCACAUUCUAUUUGCCACAUGAAUAUACUAUCCAAGUGGCAACAGGCACACUUGAAGUGCACAUUAGUUGCCGUCCAGUGCAGUUGGCUGCUGAAACUGCAUUGACUACAGAUUGUGGCGACUAUCACAAUGUGAGAGCGGCCCAGAGAAAAGCUCUGGAGGCAAAGAACUACAGUUCAAGGCGCUUGGAGAAAAGGGGAGGUUCUUCCGGCGGCGCGGUUGGGCGAUGGCUUUUCCGGUGGAUCCGGUGGACAGGAGAUCUGAUAUCGGUGAAGGCUGGAGUACAGACGCAGAGAUCAGUGAAGAGGUGCAUGAAGGUAGUGAUGGAGGGGUUAGUCAAGGGAUCAGAGGGGACGAGUGUGCUUCGUGCUGGUGAUGUGCAUGAGAACCACCAGGGGAUGUAUAUGGCGACGAAAAUGAUCGGGUAGACAGGGCUGAGGACGACAAACGAGGCAAUGCUGUUGGCUAGCAGGAGAUAAAAGUUUUUUUUGUGUGUUGUUUGAUAAGGUUAAUUGUUUGGGAGUGUACUGAAGAAGUCGGAGUAACACGCCUGCUUGCUGAUCGUAGGCAGAGAGACAUGAGCAGGUGCCCUGUGUUGAGCUGCCGGAAGUGGUGGGGGAGCAUGAUCCCGAACGCAGACGAGCCGCCUGCUAGUAUGCUGGAGGAGUACGAAGAAUCUGGCGUGACAUGGCACUGUGACGAUGGAUCCGAGGAUGAAGACCAAGUGUCAUCUUGCAAGCUGAAGCGUCGUCGCCUGUAAGACUUCGACGGGAGGUGUACUGUUACACAGUCCGUACACUUUUUUGUUGUUGUUGAGAAUACGCAGUCCGUAGCUAGAUAUCGGUGAUUAGAGCACCGGUAAUAAGUAGUUAUGGACUUAUGGGUGGCCACAAGCCCACAACGGUUUUUUGUAUGCUGGAAUGGGCAAAUGUCGGA